GGGCCGAGUACACGGGUGUUGUCAACCAGGAACAGCCAACCAGGAAAACUGCGGUCGAUGUUGUUGGGAUUAAUAUGAGAUUCAUAUAACGAGAUUUUACAUUCACACUUAUUGCUGGAAUUGCUUGACGCUGGUAUGGAGGAGACUAACCGGGAGGCCGAAGCCACGGCCGUGCAGCGGGUGGCCGGGAUGCUGCAGCGGUCGGAUCAGCUGGACAAGGUGGAACAAUAUCGCCGGCGCGAGGCGCGGAAGAAAGCGUCAGUAGAAGCUCGAUUGAAGGCUGCCAUUCAGUCCCAGCUUGACGGUGUGCGUACGGGGCUGAGCCAGCUCCACAACGCCCUGGUGGACGUGAAAGACAUCCAGAGCUCUCUGGUGGACGUCAGCAAAGACUGGAGGCAGAGCAUCAACACCAUCGAGAACCUGAAGGAUGUGAAAGAGGCCGUGGUGCAGCACAGCCAGCUAGCCUCCGCCGUGGAGAACCUGAAGAACAUCUUCUCAGUCCCAGAGAUCGUGCAGGCCACCCAGGAUCUGAUCGAGCAGGCGGAGCUGCUGCAAGCCCACCGCAAGCUCAUGGACCUGGAGUGUUCCCGCGACGACCUCAUGUACGAGCAGUACCGCAUGGACAGCAAGAACACCCACGACAUGAACCUCAUACGCAACUACUUUGGGGAGGUGCAGGGUCUGUCGGAGGAGCUGGCCAAGCAGCUGUGGAUGGUGCUGCAGCGCUCCAUGGUGACGGUGCGGCGUGACCCCACCAUGCUGGUGUCUGUGGUGCGCAUCAUCGAGCGCGAGGAGAAGAUCGACCGGCGCAUGAUGGACCGGCAGAAGCAGACAGGCUUCCUGCCGCCAGGCCGGCCCAAGCGCUGGAAGGAGAAGAUGUUCCAGGUCAUGGAGGGCACGGUGAGCAGUCGCAUCGAGGGCACCCAGUCAGAGACGCGCGAGUCGGACAAGAUGUGGCUGGUGCGCCUGCUGGAGAUCACCAGGAAGUACGUUCUGGACGACCUGCUGGUGGUGAAGAACCUGAUGGUGCAGUGCUUCCCGCCCCACUACAAAACCUUUGAAACCUUCUUCAAGCUCUACCACGUGGCUGUGUCCCUGAGGACCCAGGAGCUGACCUCCGAGGACCUGGAGGCUAACGAGAUCGUGUCCUUGCUCACCUGGGUCCUCAACACCUACAAGAGUGGGGAGAUGAUGGGGAACCCUGAGUUGAUGUCAGAGUGUGACAUCAACAUGCUGGAGCCUCUGCUACCUCAGGACGUGGUGGACAAACUGCUCAGCAAAUACGUCCAGACCUUCACUUCUAACAUUACAGGCUGGCUGAGGAAGGCCCUGGAGACUGACAAGAAGGACUGGCAGAAGGAGAGCGAGCCUGAGGCAGACCAGGAUGGAUACUACCAGACCACCCUGCCUGCCAUCGUCUUCCAGAUGUUUGAGCAGAACCUGCAGGUGGCGGCCCAGAUCGACGACACCUUCAAGGAGAAGGUCCUCCAGCUGUGUCUCAAGCAGAUGAGCUCCUUCCUCAUCAGGUAUAAGGAAGAAGCCAUCGCCUAUAAGGAGGAUCACCUGAAGGACAGGCAGCUACCACAGUGCUACGUCCAGUACAUGAUCGCCAUCAUCAACAACUGCCACACCUUCAAAGAGUCCAUCAACAGCCUGAAGCGGAAGUACUCGAGCUCCACUGAGCCCAUGGCCAACGACGCCCCCAUCAACAGAACCCUCGGCGAGGUGGCCAAGGAGGGUUGCCAGUUCCUAUUGGACGAGGUCUUCUUAGAUUUGGACCACCACCUGGCCGAGCUGAUGACCAGGAAGUGGCUGACGGGCUCGCACGCUGUGGACACCAUCUGUGUGACGGUCGAGGACUACUUCAACGACUUUGCCAAGAUCAAGAAGCCCUUCAACCAGGAGAUGACGAGCGAGGCCCAUCGGAGGGUGGUGGUGGAGUACAUCAAGGCGGUGAUGCAGAAGAGGAUCAGCUUCAAGAACGCCGACGAGAGGAAAGAGGGCGCCGAGCGCAUGAUCAAGGAAGCGGAACAGUUUAAGUUCCUGUUUAGGAAGCUCACAGCGGGCGAGGACACUGACCGGUUGUGUGAUGCCAUCGCUGCCAUAGCCGAGGUCUUCAAACUCACUGAUCCCAGCCUGCUUUACCUGGAGGUCUCCACACUGGUGUCCAAAUACCCUGACAUCAGGGAGGAGCACAUCAUUGCCCUGUUGGCGGUGCGAGGUGAUGGCAGUCGCGACAUGCGCCAGACCAUCAUGGAGACCCUGAACCAGAACAAGCCCUCCUACGCAGGCAUCACCCAGCCCAUCUUCAAGGACAUCACCGUGCCAUCUAUGAGCAUGACCACCAUGACAUCCAUGGGGGUCCCCAAACUGCUCAAGUAGGACCCGGACCGGACUGGAACUGGGCUGGUUUGGGGAGGCUCGGACUGGGCCUCGGACUAGCUGACUGUGCAUUAAAAAAAAACUUGACUGAACCAUGACCUGGAUGCUCAAUAAAAGAAUCCAGGACAAACCUGUGUCUGGAAGACUCUGGAGUCUAGACGGGGGCUCCAGCCCCCCCAAGGCCCAGUUUCCAGCCCAGACACUUACUCACGCCUAAGGAACCACAGCAGGGUGUGUGUGUGUGUGUGUGUGUGUUGGAGGGGGUUAAUUGAGUUUCUGGGGUGAAAAUAACAAGGUUACCCAUGCAGUGUGUGUACGUGCACACACGCCCCAUGCUGGGCAACCAGAAAACACAAGCAGCAGCCAGGACUACUAGAGCAGACCAUGAUCUCACUUUGAAUACUUUUGCACUUUGGAUGAGCGUGUUGUGGAUGAGAGGCUGGGUCUGGAGUCGUAGGGAGGGUUGGUGUCACCAGCUUCAACCCCCCGUGGUGUGGACCUGCAUCGACACCAGCAUCCAGACGCCGUCGUGUCUCCAGUCCGGGAUCUUCCGCUGGCUGUCCAGCUCCAGGUCACAUGAUGGAAGACUGGAGGGACCUGAUGUGGACAGCUCUGGACUCUUGACAACUCUGAAACGUGAGAACACUGAGGUCAGGUGGGCUCCAGACAAGAUGGAAUGUGGCCUGACACGCACACACACACACGCAUAGUCUAACGGAAAAAACGUCCCCCUCUGCUUGCUCACACACCGUGCAUUGUACAGUGAACUGUCUGAAACUCAUCUUUCUCAUGAUGUGGCUGAAUGUGUGUCGGUUAACAAUGUGGCAAUAAAGCCUUUUCUCUGG